UGAGGCCAAGUGACGGAGGAGCCAGCGCGCAUGCCUGGGCCCGGCAAUGCGCGCAGGCGCGGCCAUGGCGGCCCCGAGAUGAGUUAGCGGCGGCGAUCCGGGAGGAAGGCGCCAUGUCCCGGGAGAUGUUCGCCCUCGGAGGAGGAGGAGGAGGAGCGGGCCGCCAGUCCCUUGAUGACAGCCCAAGCGAGGAAGAUGAAGAAGCCCUCCGAGAAGAAGACCACGAUAUCGACCAGUUCAAUGAAGACACGUUUGGGACCGGAGCAGUCGAGGACUGGGAGGAGCAGCAUGAGGGUCUGGACGAUCAAACCGGGGACCCAGACGACCUGCUGAAGGAGAACAACCUGGCGGAGAGCAUCAGCAAGCUGGUCAUUGACAGCGACCUGGAGGAUCCUGCCAUCAUGAGGGCUGUGCCUUCCAACGCCCCGCUGCAGGCACCUCCUCGACUGAACCCCAGUAUGUGGGAAGGGCCCAUGGUGUUUGGAGGAAUUGGAAAUCCCUUCCUCUCCCACUUAGAGGACAAUCGGAUGCUGUCUGGAUCCAAGGACUCCAUCCUGCCCAAGAGGCCAGCCAUGGGUCAUGAUGAAGAACGAGACCUGUCAGACCGAGCGCCCCCUCCCAGGUCUUCCUCCCCCGUGAUCGGGAGCCCUCCCGUGCGGACUGCCCCCAUCGGGACACCCCCCAAACACAUGGGCCACAUCACCAACCAGCAGCCGUCCAUUCUGUGCCCCACCCCCGUUCACGUGCGAGCUCCCAUUCACCAGCGAUACUCAGCCCCCUUCAACGAGAGGAUGUCGCCAACCCAGCUGUUGAAUGUUGCGAAUUCUUCGCUGCGUGCCCACCAUUUCCAAGGCGGCGUCACACAAGUGCUGAACCCACUUCUACUUGGAACGGCACAGCAAACAGGGAGGAUGUCCCCCAGUCACUUUGCCCGAGUCCCAGGUCUGGUAGGGAGCCAGCUGACGGCCAUGAACGCUAACCUGCUGCAUAGCAGGAUGGGACAGAUAAUACCGCCCGUCACCGGUUUCCGGCCGUACUUCAGCCCGACUGCAGCAGGACACCUGCAGAAUAUCAGGUCUUCCCAGCCCAUGUUCCGAGCUGACACGACCCACCUCCACCCCCAGCAUCGACGCCUCCUCAACCAGCGGCUCCAGCUGCAGAAUUCCAGGAACCAACACCGAGGGCAGAAUGGAUCUGGAGGAGACAGGCACAGCAGGGGCAGCUAUCAUGAGCAGAUGAAGAAGGACCCCUACAGCAACCUGAUGACCCAGCGGGAGAAGGAGUGGGUCAGCAAGAUCCAAAUGAUGCAGCUACAGAGCGCAGACCCCUACCUGGAUGAUUACUACUAUCAGAACUACUUUGAGAGGUUGGAGAAGAAGCAAGCGGCUCUGGACUUGAACAAUGAGGGCCCCAAGAAGGAGCGGACAAAGCUGAUUACGCCGCAGGUGGCGAAGCUGGAGCACACCUACCGGCCAGUGCAGUUCGAGGGGUCCUUGGGUAAACUCACCGUAUCCAGUGUGAACAACCCUCGGAAGAUGAUCGACGCCGUGGUGACAACACGCACAGAUGAUGACGAAACAAAAGAGAAGCAAGUGCGGGACAAGAGGCGGCAGACACUUUUUGCCAUUGAACAAACGUACAGUUUGGUGCUGGAUGUGCAGGACUUGGAGAAGAAGUUCCUGCAAGUGAGUGAGGAGGAGCGGCCGGCCGUUUUGGAGCACAGGAAGGCCAAGAUCAUUCAGAUGUACGAGAAUUUGCGAGGGAAGCAGGCUCACGGCACGGAGAGAGUCACCGACGACCACUUUGUACAGAUCAUGUGCAUACGUAAGGGCAAGCGACUGGCUGCUAAGGUCUUGCUCCUCCUCAGCACAGAGCAGGCUGCCAAUGUGGUGCUGGCGACUGCCCGGAACCUCCCCUACCUGGUCAAGAAGGACAGUCAGGAUGAGGCGCUGCCCUGCCUGACCGAGCCCUGCUCUCUGCUGGUCAAUCGGCUCCCGUCCAGUGCGCUGACCGAGCUCCUUCAGCAGCUGACCGGCUCGGCUCACUCCGGCCAACCCGGGAGCCACUUCCCGUCCAUCCUGCAGAACAAGUUCGGACUGACAUUGUUCUACAUGAUCCUGAGCCAAGGGGAGAGGUUACAGAGCUCAGAGGCAGCCAGCGAACUUAUGCAGGACAACAGGUGGACUGAAUUGGUGUUUGCCGUGACCCGGGAGCUGCUGAAGGUUCCACAGGCAUCGCUGGCCAAACCUUCGUUCAUGCCCACGAAUCUCCUGGCGCUGUUCUCCCAUUAUGUCGACAGGCAGACGCUGAAUGUGCUGGAGUCCAAAUUACAGCUCUCUGGAAAGCCACGGUAGAAGAGGGCACAGAACGGGUGCCCCUCCAGUCGAUGUGGGGCACCCCCCGCCCCUCCCUCCCACCAGCUGCCAUGGCACCCCGGGCGCAUGGUCUUCACCGGCGACCAGGAGCAGGCAACAAGCGCCGAGCGGCUUCCAGUUAAACCGAACUUUCCUACUUUAUUUUUCUAA